CGGGACCUCUGACCGCCGGCUCGGGCGCGUGCAGGCUGCUCGGCUCCCCGCGCUUCAGCUCGGCUCCGGCUCCCGGCGGGGCCGCGGCGCGUGGCGGUCUCGCGCCAUGUCGUGGCUCUUCGGCAUCAAGGGCCCCAAGGGCGAAGGCGCGGGGCCGCCGCUGUCUCUGCCGCCCGCUCAGCCUGGGGCGGAGGGCGGCGGGGACCGCGGCGCGGGGGAUCGGCAGGCGCCCAAGGACAAAUGGAGUAACUUUGACCCCACGGGCCUGGAGCGCGCGGCCAAGGCGGCGCGAGAGCUGGAGCAUUCGCGACACGCCAAGGAGGCCCUGAGUCUGGCACAGAUGCAGGAGCAGACUCUGCAGCUGGAGCAGCAGUCCAAGCUCAAGGAGUACGAGGCCGCCGUGGAGCAGCUGAAGAGCGAGCAGAUCCGUGUGCAGGCGGAAGAGAGGAGGAAGACUCUGAGCGAGGAGACGCGACAGCACCAGGCCAGGGCCCAGUACCAAGACAAGCUGGCCCGGCAGCGCUACGAGGACCAGCUGAAGCAGCAGCAACUUCUCAAUGAGGAGAAUUUACGGAAGCAGGAAGAGUCGGUGCAGAAGCAGGAGGCCAUGCGGCGAGCCACUGUGGAACGGGAGAUGGAACUGCGGCACAAGAACGAAAUGCUGCGUGUGGAGGCAGAGGCCCGGGCGCGGGCCAAGGCCGAGCGGGAGAACGCGGACGUUAUUCGUGAGCAGAUCCGCCUGAAGGCUGCUGAGCACCGCCAGACCGUCCUGGAGUCCAUCAGGACAGCAGGCGCCCUGUUUGGUGAAGGAUUCCGUGCCUUUGUGACAGACUGGGACAAAGUGACAGCCACGGUGGCUGGGCUGACACUGCUGGCCGUCGGAGUCUAUUCUGCCAAGAACGCCACAUCCGUUGCCGGACGGUACAUUGAGGCCCGGCUGGGGAAGCCGUCCCUGGUGAGGGAGACGUCUCGUAUCACGGUGCUCGAGGCCCUGAGGCACCCUGUGCAGGUAAGCAGGCGGCUCCUCAGUAAGCCUCAGGAUGCACUGGAGGGCGUCGUCCUCAGUCCCAGCCUGGAGGCCCGUGUGCGGGACAUCGCCAUAGCAACGAGGAACACCAAGAAGAACCACAGCCUGUACAGGAACAUUCUGGUGUACGGGCCCCCCGGGACUGGCAAGACCCUGUUUGCCAAGAAACUCGCGCUGCACUCGGGCAUGGACUAUGCCAUCAUGACAGGCGGGGAUGUGGCCCCCAUGGGGCGGGACGGCGUGACUGCCAUGCACAAGGUCUUCGACUGGGCCAAUACCAGCCGGCGAGGCCUCUUGCUCUUCGUGGAUGAAGCGGAUGCUUUUCUCAGGAAGCGAGCAACUGAGAGGAUCAGCGAGGACCUCAGGGCCACCCUGAACGCCUUCCUGCACCGGACGGGACAGCACAGCAGCAAGUUCAUGCUGGUCCUGGCCAGCAACCAACCUGAGCAGUUUGACUGGGCCGUGAACGACCGCAUUGACGAGAUGGUCCACUUCGGCCUGCCGCAGCGAGACGAGCGGGAGCGCCUGGUGAGGCUGUAUUUCCACAAGCACAUUCUGAAGCCGGCCACAGAGGGAAGGCAGCGCCUGAAGCUCGCUCAGUUUGACUACGGGAAGAAGUGUUCGGAGAUCGCGCAGCUGACGGAGGGCAUGUCGGGCCGGGAGAUCUCGCAGCUUGCUGUGGCUUGGCAGAAACGGAGCUCUAAUGCGUAAGGACACUAGUUCUACGGGAUCGGCCCCCACUCUCCCGACCUCCUCUGCUGGUAACGUCUUCUUUGUCGGCCCCAACAGCUGCGCUGGGGAAGUCAGGGCUUCACGCUAUGAAUGUGGGGACACGUUCAGUCCCUGACAGCAAACCAUGCCCUGGUUCUUGAUGUUUCCACCUAGAACCAGCACACCUCCUUUCUGUCCACAUCAUAUGUCACCUGCCCAGACCAGGUGACAGGUGUGCCACAGGCCCGGUGGAUGGAGAGCUAGUGACUGUCAGACGCGGCCUUCGUGCGGGAGACAGUGACUAGACCUCCGCGGCCCGUGGGGUGUUCUCCCUGGAGGGUCUGUCCCUCCCCCGGGGGUAUCCCUUCACUGACCAGAUGGCCCAGCCUGAGGCCUGUCGGUCAGUGCAGUCGUGCUCGUGGGAGAGGAGUGUGAGGUGCAGAGAGGAGGGACCAGAGCGCGUCGGUGCCCCCGCCCCCCCGGAGGAGUGCGGUCUUCUGUCUGUACCCUCAGGUGCCCGGAGGUGGCUGGGCUUGCACUGGCCUUCCUGCCCCUCCUGGGCUGGACUGCAGGGUGGGGGCCCAGGCAUUUGUUCCCUGCGUGGCGGGAAGCUGCAUGGCGGCUUCACGACGGAGUCCGUGCUGUCUCGUGCUGUCUCUUAGCUCUCCGUGGUGGCAGUUCGCUGUGUCAUUACUAUUACUCUUCAAGCAAAGUUUACCAUUUUUGACCAUUUUUAGGCCCACAGCUUAGUGGCAUUAAGUACAUUCACACUGUUGUGUGGCAGUCACAGCCAUCUGUCCCCAGGACAUGUCCAUCUUCCCAAGCUACAGUGCCGUUCUGUGAAAUGCUAACCCUCCUGCCCCUCCCCAUGUCCUGGCACCCGCCCUUCCACUUCCUGUGAAGGGGACUCCCUAGACGGUGCGUGUGAGCUGAACCGGCAGCGUUCGGCCUUUGGUGACUGACUUCACUCUGCAUCGUGUCCUUAAGGUCCAUCCGUGUGGUACCACGUGCCAGCAUUUCUUUCCUUUUAAAGACAGAAUUGUAAUUCCUUGUGGAUAUAUUUCAUUUUGCGAAUCCAUUUAUCCACUGACAAGGACAUUUGGGUGGCUGUUGUGAAUAAUGCCCCUGUUAACUUCGGGUGUCCCGGUAUCUCUGAAACCCCAUUCUUCAUUCCUUUGAGUACGCACCCAGAAGGGAGAUUACUGGAUCGUGUGAUAAUACUGUCUUCCAGGGCGCCCGGGGGCUCAGUGGGUGAAGCCUCUGCCUUCAGCUCAGGUCAUGAUCUCAGGGUCCUGAG